GGCGCGGCGCGGAUAAGUGCCUGUGAGGACCGCGGGGUAACCGAUAAGGCCAGGUAUCAGCUGACGAUUUGCGACGAGACAAUAGGGGCCACAUAAGACGGAGCCUUAUUACACAUAAUUUGAAAAAGCACGUAUACAGUAGCAUCAGCUGAAAGAACGCUGUCAUUCCGUUGUCACGUGGAAUUAAACGCUGGCAUCUGAACUCUCAUAUCAGUUAGAUGACGGCGCGACGCCGUGGAUUGACAGGUCAUGGGGGCCUGUCUCGGCCACUGUUUAGCGAAAAUCACAGACUCCGUAUCAUACAGAUUCUAUCAAAGGCAUACCAGAAUGCCUUUUCAAGAAGAAGAACAAGCUGAGUUUAUGGAUGCUGAAGAACAUGAAGACCAAACUAAAAGAUCAAAAAGUCUGUUAUCAUUUCUUUCUUUAAAAAGAUUCAAGAAAAAGCAUGGAGUUCCAGUGACUUUAGAAUUAUUGGAAGAUGGAGGAUGGUCACGAAGUGGUAAUAAAUAUGCCAGAUUGAGUUCUAGAAAUGAUGUUUCUACAAGCUCUGGAUUGGAUACAUCGCUUCAAGUUCUCGAUGCAAGAACAUUAAUAAAACAACAAACUUAUGUUUCUUCUACUCCGGGAUCAUCACUUGAUCUUGAAUGGGAACAUGAAGGAAUGCCUCUACCAAUACUGAGUAAUGGAAAAGAAAAUACAGAGAAUUCUUUAACACAGACAUCAGUUAAUAAUAGUCAACCAUCUAGCUUGACAUCAUCUCCUUGGUCUAGAGUUUCAAGCCCGAAUAGUUUAGAGUGGGAUCCAGUAGAACCAGAUAUGGUAUGUGUCGAUAUAGAGACUGAACAGCUUCUAACUGAGAUAGAAAAAUUAAGAGAUAGAGCUCUAAAAGAAACAGGCGAGUGGACUAACAUUAAUACUAGCUGAUAAACGAUUUAAUUGUAAUUAACGGAAUUGUUUGUAUUUUUGUAUUAUAAAAAUUCAUUAUACAGUUAAAAUAGAUAUUCUAUACUUUCAAAAAUAUAAAAUAUAAAAUAAAAAAUAUAAAAAGAUAUUAUUUCGAUAUUACUAUUCUUGAAACAAUAUAACUGCAUUUAUAUUGUUUCAAAAAUAUGUACUUUUUGCAAAUUAGGAUAUAUGGUGAGCACAAAAAUUGACAAGAGAAAAAGAGAGAGAGAGAGAGGGAGAGAGGAUAUCUACAUUGUGCAUAGCGUGUCUUAUAAUAAUCUGUAAUAUGGAAAAAAAAUUAUCAAACUAUCAAAGAAUUAUCAAGAAAACAUUUUCACAGUAUAUGCAUAUGUAUGAUAUUUAUAUACAUAAAAUAUAUAUUUUUUGUUUUCAAUUUUAGAUAAAAUAUUUGCUUACUUAAGAGUGGAAUUGAACUUUAUCAUAUACUUUUAGAUACAUUAAUGUUUUUAUUUUUGCUAUUACUUUACACAUAGCUUCCAUAUGACAAUAAAUUAUUUACAAACAAAAUGUGCCACAGUAUUCUUUAAAUUCUUUUGGUAUAUUUGUGCACUCACAAUGAUUUAUUUCUAUAUGAGAUAAUACAUAUGCAAAUAAUAAGUUGCUUAAAUUACACACGCAAAUAUAUGUACAAAAGAUUCUAUUAGCAUAUUUUCUAUAUGUGAUUUUCAAGUUAUUGUAAAAUGGUAUUGAAUCAAUUUAAAAGAUACAUACAGUUUAAAAGACAUACACUUCAAUAAAUCAAAUAAUUUAAAAUAUAGCAAAUAUACAAAAAAGAAUUAUAUUUUAUUGUAAUGCAGAGAGCACACAUAAAACUAUCUGAAACAAUUAAACGAUGAAUGUAGAAUGCCUUAAUAUAGAUAAUAAAGAAGUUGUAAAGUUUUUGCUAGUUUAUGAUCUAUGUUACUUUUAUAUAUUUUAUUUAAUAUCAUUUUAAUACAUCUAUAUAUGUGAAUAUAUAUAUAUAUAUAUAUUUUUUUGUAUUGCAACAUGCACACGACCUAAAUGUGACUCACAAGUUUAAGUACUUUUUUUUUCAAAUAUUUUUCAUAUAUUUGGGUGCUAGAAUAAAUAAAAUUAAUAUUCUUAAAAAAAUGUCAUAUCAACUCAAAGUAUAUAAAAAGGUGUUAUAGUUCAAUGAAUGUAAAAGCGGAUGUGGAAUUGAGAAAUAUUACUAUAUGUGGACUA